AUGCGAUAUUUAUUUGUCACGACGAUAUUUAGUGUUGUUUUUGCCUAUGAAAAGGAUAUGACAUUCACCGUUCCAGCUGGUAAUACGGAGUGCUUCUAUCAAAAAGUGCUACCAAAUGAAAUAAUCGACAUAGAGUACCAGGUGAUAGACUCCACACACGGGGAGUUGGACAUCUCGUUCCAACUCUCUGACCCAGUUGGCAGGGUCAUUGUCGCUGAUUAUAAGAAGCCGGAGAACGCUCACCGUCACACCGCCGUACUCAAUGGCGACUACAGAUUUUGCUUUGACAAUAGUUUCAGUACAUUCAGCCAGAAAACCGUUUUCUUCGACCUGAUGGUGGAAACGGAAGACACCCCAUACAAAGACUACGACGACGACAAAGAAAUGGAGAUGGGCAACUCCGCGGAAACCUACAUGAUGAAAGUUAAAGACAUAUCAGAGUCUGUGGCCAAAGUCAAAGACCACGUGUCAGCAGCUAGAAGACUGCAAGAGUUGCUGUCAGCACAUGAGGCCAGGGAUAGAAACCUGGCCGAGGAGAUGUGCUCCAGGGUCAUGAGGUGGUCGCUGUGGCAGAUUGCUGUGAUGCUUAUAGUUGGUAUAACUCAGGUGGUGUUCGUCAAGAGUCUGUUCCAGGAGCCAAGCAGCGGAAGUCUGAAGAAGCUUAUUCCUAAUUUUUUGUCUCAAUGA